UAAGAAGCGACGCGUCCCGCGGUCCUGGCUGUGUGGGUCUGGUCGGAUUGGACCUGGGCGCUGGAGCUACUGUGGCUCCCGCCUCAGCGGGUGCGAUGGAGGCUGUGCCAGAGCCCAGCACUCAUGCCGGGGGAGGCCGAGACAGCCGGCGGUGCUAGUAGAUGAGGCGGCGGCGGCGGCGGCGGCAGCCCGGGCUCUCCAUGAGCAAGCGGCGGCGGCGACGGGUGCGGCGGCACCGGCAUUUUUCGGUCCCCGGGGAGGAUGAAGACACUGUUUGAAGAGAUCAAAGCAUCAAUUAAAAAUAACUACAACCAAGAUCGAUCAUUUUGGAGGCCUGUUCUUCCUUGGGGAGGUGUAUUUACUAUCAAAGCUGGCCGCAAAGCAGUAUCCUGUACACCACUCUAUGUUGAGAUAAGACUGAAAAAUACCUGCACCAUAGAUGGAUUCUUGAUGCUAUUAUAUGUCAUUCUUAAUGAAAAUGAAAAUUUCCCCAGGGAACUCUCUCUUCACUUUGGUAGAGAGUUUGUAGACUGUUUUCUUUAUUUAAUGGACACCUACAGUUUUACAACAGUGAAGCUACUUUGGAUUUGGGACAAGAUGGAAAAACAGCAAUACAAAUCUGAAGUUCAUAAAGCUUCACUAAUAAUUGAUUUGUUUGGGAAUGAGCAUGAUAAUUUUACAAAAAAUCUCGAAAAUCUCAUGUCUACCAUUCAAGAGAGUUACUGUUCCAACUGGCGAUGCCCAACUCGCGUACAGGAAGAUCAACAGCGCACAAUUAAUAUAAAUCCUCCCCAAGAAAUUCCACAUGGAAACUUGAUACGACUGGCUGUGGAUGAGUUAUUCUGUUCCAAGAUUGAACUGUGUGAAGAGCGUGGGUGUGGUGGCUUAAGAGAAUUUUCCCAGCGAGUUUUUUGCCAUGGGGCACCCCCUUUUGUUGUCUUAAAUAUGCAGCAUUGGAAAUCUGAAGAUCUGGCAUAUGUACCCUAUUACUUGGAUUUAUCUGACCACAAGUAUUUGUUGGAAGGUGCCACAUUAUUUAACAAAGAAGAACAUCAUUAUUCCGCGGCUUUCCAGAUUGAUGGACAUUGGAUGCACUAUGAUGGCCUCAGAAAUGUGAAUUUAAUUUUGUUAAAUAAACCCCCAGAGUUUCUCCUCUUGUCAUCAUUGGUUUAUAUUCGAGCAACAGAGAAAUAAAUAUAGACUGAUGCUAAAUUAAAUUGUUUUCCCUCCUGCCCAUGCUCCCCCAGAUGAAGGGCUUUAUUUUGUGUAUACUUGGUAUCCAAGGAAAUAGUUCAACUAUAAUAGUUUCAAAGGUAUAUUUUCUAGUGUUUAGCCCCAGGUAAAUCUUUUAUAUAGAGGAUCUAUGCAAAAAAAUGUUUGUAUUUCUUUUUUAUAUGUUCUGGGUUAUUUUUAUAUAAGCAUAUUUUAUGUUGAAAUAAAAUAUAUCUGAUGGCCUUUGUA